AUGGCGGAGGGGGACAGCGGGAGCGAGCGCGGCGGCGGAGGAGGCGGCGGCGGCGGCGGAGCAGGGUCAGGGGCAGCGGGCCUGCUGCUGCCGCCGCCGCCUCCCCCGCCGCCGCCGCAGGAGACCCAGGAGCUGGCCUCCAAGCGGGUGGACAUCCAGAACAAGCGCUUCUACCUGGACGUGAAGCAGAACGCGAAGGGCCGCUUCAUCAAGAUCGCCGAGGUGGGCGCCGGCGGCAACAAGAGCCGCCUGACCCUCUCCAUGGCGGUGGCCGCCGAGUUCCGCGACUACCUGGGCGACUUCAUCGAGCACUACGCGCAGCUCGGGCCGUCGGAGGCCGGGGGCGGCGAGGCGGCGGCGGCGGCGGGAGGAGGAGGAGGCCCAGGCCCCGAGGAGCCGCGGCGGGCCCUGAAGAGCGAGUUCCUGGUGCGGGAGAACCGCAAGUACUACAUGGACCUGAAGGAGAACCAGCGCGGCCGCUUCCUGCGGGUCCGCCAGACGCUGAACCGCGGGCCGGGCCUGGGCGGCAGCCAGGGGCAGACCAUCGCGCUGCCGGCGCAGGGCCUGAUCGAGUUCCGGGACGCGCUGGCCAAGCUGAUCGACGACUACGGCGCCGAGGACGAGGCGCCGGGCGGCCAGGCCGAGCUGCCCGAGGGCACCUCGCUGACGGUCGACAGCAAGCGCUUCUUCUUCGACGUCGGCGCCAACAAGUACGGCGUCUUCAUGCGGGUGAGCGAGGUGAAGCCCUCGUACCGCAACUCCAUCACCGUGCCGUACAAGGCCUGGCACAAGUUCGGCACCGCCUUCACCAAGUACGCCGAGGAGAUGAAGGAGCUGCACGACAAGCCCCGCGGCGACAAGCUGCUCUUCGAGCGGCCGCCCGACGACUCGGACGCCGAGGAUGUGGACGACGACUGAGGCGAGGCCCCCUUUCCCCCCCUCAGCGUUUUAACCUUAUUGUGGUUUGUUUUUGGGGGGAGGAGGGGAAAGGUUUGCUGAUGGGUGUUUGACAGGAAAAGAAAUCAAACUUUUCU